UCCUCUCACCAUAAUGGCUUGGACUGAAGCGCUUAUCUGGGUGGCUAUCUUGUCUUACGGGUGGUACAGGUUGUCGUGGAACCUCCUUCGACGUUACUUUAUCAGUAACAACACGGCGCUCGAUGACAUUGAGCUGUUAGGCAAAGCUCCACCUGCCCAGAAGAUUCCAGGAACCGUCGUUAUCGCUGGAGGCAGUUUCUCCGGAUACGUUUCCGCAAGGAUUUUAGCCGAUUACUUUCAGACAAUCGUUCUGAUCGACCCUGAAAGCGGUGUAGUGGCUAAUGGAAGAGUUCCACAACGUCCCCUCUACCAUCUUCUCUUAGCCAUCUCUCUCAAAAUUCUUCGUAAACUUUACCCAAGUUUCGAUAACGAAGCGCCAAAGGAUGAUGUUUACAUUUUUCCUGGAGUGAGACAUUGGUGGAUCGGUAGGAAUUACUUCGGGGACUUUAAAUCAAAAAGGCCUGAACAGAUUGGUGGCUCGCGAAUCUCCAUUGAACGUCUCUGUCGACGCUUGUCCAUUGCAUACUGCGGUAAACGUCUUCAAGUCAUUCAAGGAACCGUCACCGGCCUCAAAGCUUCGCCCGACAAAACAACCAUCCAAUCAGUUUCUUACCGUUCUGCCUCCCCCUCCUCAGAAGCACCCACCACCAAGGCAACUUCCAAUACCAUACCAUGCAUACUCUUCGUCGAUUGCGCAGGCCCGUCUACUAUUGGCUCUAAAUUAUUACCAGCCGCUAGCGAGAAAUGGGGUCCUUACACCCGUACUUCGUACAAUCCCAAUGCGAAACAUUAUGCUGCCUCUUUUCUUCUUACUCCCGAAACGCAAGAAAAGGUAUCGAGGGCGUUACCCAAAGAUGACCGGUCUUUUGGGAGGUGGGAUAAGUGCGCUGUCAUCGGUGCUUUUUCUCCAACGCCUGAAAUUAGUCGAGACCUUUUCGCUUAUCAGCGAAUCGAAGGGAACAGACUACUCAUUGGGUAUUCGGGGUGGAAUGUCGACAGCUGCCCUAAGACCUUGGCUCAGUACAUUGAAACAGCGAGACAAUUGCACAACAAGAGUAUUUCAAAGGAGCGCCACCAGCAAGAUGAAUGGCUUUUCGACGUAUUACGACUCCUUGGAGAAGAUGCUGAUAUCCUCGACGAACCUAUCCAGUGGGAUGGUCAUACCAUGACUUCCUCCUUUUGGAUCGAUUAUGGGUCUAAAACCGUCCCGAACAACUUCAUCGCCAUUGGUGAUUCCGUGAUGGGAGUAAACCCGAUCUUCGGGCAGGGCGUAGCCAAACUCUUGUAUAACGCAACCGUUCUCAAUUCCAUCUUACAGAAGGCAACAACAACAAAGCGACUAGUGGAGUUGCCCAAACGCUUCGCUCGUUCGUACUUUGACCGUAUUCUUCGCAUUGACAAGGGCAUGUUCGAUACCAAUCGUAUUCUCGAUUAUGGCUACGAGUCUACCGUUCCUCAGCCUGGGGAGACGUUGGAGACUGGCAAAGGCUUUAGGAGAUAUUUUGAGGCGUUAUUACACUCUCUUGCUUAUGAUCCAAGUGGAUAUGAGAUCUUUGUUCAUGUGUUCGGCGGAUUCAGUCCCGGUAUAGAUUUGCUGACUCCUUCAUUUAUCUUCAAAUCGUUCUUUUGGAUGUGGUGGUCUCCUCCAAGAGCAUCGUCUUCCUAGAUUCACAGAAGCACUUAACCCUCGAUAGAUAUCAAAUCUCUUUUUUUUUGUGGCCGUUUUUUGUUUGUUUAGAGCCUUACGGGAAAUGUGUGGUUUGCCCCACACUGUAUCUCGUAGGGGGGUUGAGUCUAGAC